AUUUAAAAAAUGAUAAAGAAAUAUAAAUUGCGGUGCUAUUAAAGCAUUAAGGAAAAAAAUAAUUUCACAAAAUUGACCACGAUCGUGUCCGGUACUGUACUCAAGCAUAUCUGCUGCACUGAUGCUGCGAUUGCGCCAAAACCAAAUUUGAGCAAGAUGGCGACACAAGAAGAUUACCUUGUUGUAUACUUUACGGCAGAUAGAGCUCUGCAAAUUGUCAACCGCAAAAAACAAACUGUAAGAUGCAUAGACGAAGCAACAAGUACAGUCUCCGUAGAUUAUCCAACGGAGGAAAUUAAUGAAGACGGAACAGUAUCGAUAAGGGACGAACCGUAUGAAGGCUCAACUGUUUUCUCUGGAAGUGCAACAUCUGCUCGGGCAUUUAUGAAUUUCACCAAGAGCGAAGGCAUAAACCUGACAGAUGAAGGAGUUGUUGAGACACUUUUGUCCCUGGCAAAGGAGAGAAAGCAAUCAGGAAAAAGAGGAGCCGCGACCAAGCUUAAAAGACUACUGCAGGCAAGUGAUGAAAUACAGCACCAUACAUCACAGCCAGAACAAAAAAAGGACAGAAGUGAUUCUAUAGCAGGUGACCAUGAAUAUGAAAAGAAAAGUGCUAAAAAAAAGAGGAAAACGUGUACACCCCUACCUGUUAAAUCGAAAGAACCAAAAUUACUAGACAUCAUAAAACUUAAUGAAAUGUCUGCAUUUGCCAAUGUAGCUAGUGAGCCCGAGUCAGAAUCUGAAAAAUCAAAGACACCACCCAAAGCCACAACUGUCAGCAGGACGGAAAGGACACCUUCAAAAGCAACACCUGUCGGCGGGACGAAAAAGACACCGUCCAAAGCCACUCCUGUAGGUGGGACCAAAAAGACACCGUCCAAAGCCACUCCUGUAGGUGGGACCAAAAAGACACCGUCCAAAGCCACUCCUGUAGGUGGGACCAAAAAGACACCGUCCAAAGCCACUCCUGUAGGUGGGACCAAAAAGACACCGUCCAAAGCCACUCCUGUAGGUGGGACCAAAAAGACACCGUCCAAAGCCACUCCUGUAGGUGGGACCAAAAAGACACCGUCCAAAGUCACUCCUGUAGGUGGGACCAAAAAGACAUUUACACCUCCCAAAGCUACACCUGUCGGCAGGACUGAAAAGACUCCUUCCAAAGCCACACCUGUCCGCGGGACCAAAAAGACUCCUUCCAAAGCCACACCUAUCCGCGAUACCCAAAAGACACCAUCCAUAAAAACAAGCCAUACAAAAACUAGACUAUUUGACACUUGCAUUAGGCCAAGAUCAGAAACAUGCACAUCAGAAGUUACUUCUGUAACAAUUACAAAUUCCAAGACUCCCUCCAAGAAAGCGUACUCAACAAAAAAGAUAGAAUUGGUUUUGGAUAGUCAACAGGAAACAUCACAAGCUGUGUUUUCUGGCCUUAGUGUUUUGAAUGACCAGGACCACAAUGGUUUCUCUUAUUCAGAAAUGCCAUCAGUUCAAUCGGCUUCUGGAAGUGAAAACCAGUACUAUGGCUACAACGCCAAUUAUUCAUGGGAUAACCCGAAGGAAUCACAAGAGGAUGUACAGCAUGAAAUAUCAAGUACCCCAGUGUAUCCAGUGCACAUGCCCAUGUCCCAGCAUUGUAAUCCGAUCACAGAUUACUUUAGAGAGUUGGACAACAACCAAAGAGUGACCUUGCUUGGGUUUCUGGAGCUACUGACAUUGCAAUUACGUCAACAGGGGGAAUCUAAUGGAAGAGAAAUAUUUGGGAACAACCAGCACUCCAUGAACUCGCCAAAUACUCAGGUUUUUGACAGGAAUCCAAGAUCAUCUGUCAAAUCUGCACAGAAAAGUGAAAUGAGACUCGUUCCCUUGAUCAUAGAUCCAGAUGACAAAGAUCACUUUGCUGAAAUUCUUGUGAAUCCAUCACAGUUAAGGGGCAUAGAGAACAAGGCUGGAUCCAUGAAAAAUCCAGCAUUGUACCUGUUGAAUAAAGUUCUGGACUUAGUAUUUUCAUUUGAAGAAAUGGCCGCCAGCAAAGGUGUUAGUUCCCUCCCUAUCAACAAGAGAGAGGCUAUACAAGAAUAUCUCCAUACAAGAUGCAGUGCAUUAAACUUUCAAGAACUAUCCCAGAAGAAGUACAUCACUGCUAUCCAGAACAAGAUUGGGAACCAUAGGUUAUCAAAACGAAAGAGUUGCAAGUAAGGGGAGCAGAGCAGAAAGGAAGAAAGAAGUCUGAGGGUGACGACAAACUAUAAGUAUUUGAGAAAUUCGACAGAAAUGUAUCGCUUUGUGUCCCCAGAUGUUGAAGAAGUAGUGUUGGGAAUCAGUUGAUAUUUCAACAUUGAUGGACAAACAUUUAUAAAUAUUUUGAUAAUUUGCAUUUAUUUCAUUCCUUCUAGCAGUUUCUACAAUGAAUUUAAGGAUUAAUCGGUUGGCAUACUAGUACGUACAUAAUGCUUAACAAAUGGGAUUUUUCUUUGGACAUUUUGUCUUAUGUCUAGCUGCCGCUCACUCGCAGUUUCUUAUCUUUCAUUCAUACCAUUUCAGAGUUACAGUCUUCACCGAUGAACAGUUAUCAUUAAUAUUUUAUAAUUAAUUAUGUCCCCCUAACAAAGUUGGGGGGCCAUAUUGUGUUUGUUUCAUUUCUUAUUAAAUUCUUCUUUAGCUUUCUUCUAUCUUUUCAUGGUGAACUUGUCCGGCAGUUUCCUCCUAAACUAUUGGACAGAUCCUUAUGAAACUUCACAUGAGUAUUGCUUGGGGGGCAGAAGGUGUGCAACGUGCAUGUCUUGGAACAAAACUCAAAAAUGGCUGCCAUUUCGUGGCCUCUGAUUGGUCGAAAUUUAGAUAUUGUUUGAUUUUGGUACAGAUUGGUAUAUGGGAUUGAGGGAAGCUGAUCAGAAUGGUACUACUUACAAAAUUGUCUGAGGUUUCUGGUUUUUUUUCCCCCCAAAUUUAGAUAUUGUUUGAUUUCGGUGAAAACUCUUCCAUUAUCAUUAUUUACGACCGUUGGGGUAGUUUGGGGGACAUUAAUUUAACGGUUGUCCUUACAAUUAGUACUUGUUAUAUUAAAUAACAUGAUUGGUAGUAAUUUAAUCUAAUACAGAACUGUCGUUCUCUUCUAGGUAGUACAUGAAGUGAAAGUGAACCUCAUAAUCAAUUAAUAAGAAUUGGUUGCCUUUCGAUUAGAUAUCAAAUAUGAUCGAUCAUCGGAACAACACUGUUAAACCAUGUUGCAAAAAUGUCCAUCUUGUUAAAUCGGUUCCUGUUAUGUAAUUGUCACUCUUGUAAUUAACAUUUAAUACUGGUUUAGGACCACUAUGCAUUUAAGGAAACCUUUUUUUCUGUUAUAAACAUUAUGUCUUUGGAUUGUUCUUACCUGUAGAAAUGGCAUAUUCCUUUGUAUAAAUUGUUUCUUUGUUCAAAUUCAUAUAAGAAGAAAAACGCAACUCCGGAAAUCCAAAUUUUAAAAAUUUAUUCAAAGAUUAAAAUACAAAACAUUAUGAUAUUUAUCCAUGCAGAAAUGUUUCAUAUCAUGUAAAAUUAAAUUUUUGACAAAAUAGAAUGUCUGUAACAGGCCUAGGACGGACAUGCAUGUUGUACCAUGGCCAGAAACUGUUGCAAUGGUAACAAAAAUGUGACUUUUUUUUCAGUUGUCCUGACUUAUGAUAUUGGUCUAAGAUAAUUACCAAAUAUGAAAAUCUAAAAAAUAUGUGCCAUGCUUUCGUAUUGAUUUCUCUUUUUUUUUUAAACUGAAAUUUAAGCUAGGCAUUUCUGUAGAGUAUCUCAAAUACUUGAGUAUGCCCAAAAAGGUGAAAGCUAUUUUGAAAGAAACACAUAUUGUCACCAGUGAUGUUUCUCUAUGUACUUCUUUUUGGAUACCAGAAAUUAAUAAAAUAAACACAUGCAAAUGAAAAAGAAGCAAUAUUCUGAGGUUAUCUUUAUUUAAAGUUGGAUAUGUUUUCUCAAUUAUUAGCCCAUCAUCAGAUUCAUUGUGGGCUAUUAUUCAAUUCACCUAUCAAUGUUAGUCACAAUACAGCAUAAUGUAACAAAACCAAGAAGAUUCAAGGGAAAAGAUCUGCUUGACUGCUUAAUGAAUGGAGUGACUGAUGGAGAUCAAACAAUG